GAAGAGAGGCAAAACACAAUACAACACAACACACGUGUGUAAUUGUUUAUGUGACUGACACACACACACUACACACAUUGAAUCAAUCAAUGGUGGUUGCAUCCAUUCGGCUUCUUCCUUCUCCACUCCUCUCUUUCGCUCCUCGUCGCUCUCCAUAUUCAUAUUCAUGGCGCUCUCAUCCCUCUUUUACCAUUCCCUUCUCUUCCAUCCACUCCAAAGCUUCUACUAAGGGAGAUGGUGGAGCAGUGGAAUUGGGUGGUGAUCAAACAGAGCUUAUAUUUUUGGGGACUGGAACCAGUGAAGGGGUUCCACGUGUCAGCUGCUUGACUAACCCUUUACACAAAUGUGAGGUGUGUUCAAAAGCUGCUCAACCGGGUAAUAAGAAUAGGAGACUUAACACAAGCAUCCUCAUUCGUCACCCCAAUUCCUCAGGAACACACAAUAAUAUUCUUAUAGAUGCUGGAAAAUUUUUCUAUCACAGUGCUCUCCAUUGGUUUCCUGCUUUUGGGAUAAGAACAAUUGAUGCGGUCAUUAUUACUCAUUCACAUGCUGAUGCAAUCGGAGGUCUUGAUGAUCUUAGAGAUUGGACAAACAAUGUUCAGCCUCAUAUUCCAAUAUAUGUAGCCAAGCGCGACUUCGAGGUGAUGACGAAGACCCAUUAUUAUUUAGUAGAUACUAGUGUUAUCUUACCUGGGGCCAAAGUCUCAGAGUUGCAAUUCAAUAUCAUAUCGGAAGAACCAUUUUUUGUACAUGAACUGAAGUUCACCCCAUUACCAGUGUGGCACGGCCAGAAUUAUCGGUCCCUUGGUUUUCGUUUUGGUAAUAUAUGUUACAUUAGUGAUGUCAGUGACAUUCCUGAAGAAACUUAUCCACUUCUAAAAGACUGUGAAAUUCUAAUCCUGGAUGCUUUGAGGCCUGACUGCUCUACUUCUACACAUUUUGGACUUCAAAGGGUAAUAAUUAGUUUCACAUUUGUUAAAACUUUCCAUGGACAUUCUGAUCUUCCAUUUCAGGCCUUGGAGGAAGUGCGAAAAAUUCAACCCAAAAGAACACUUUUUACCGGUAUGAUGCAUCUGAUGGAUCAUGAAGAAGUGAAUGACUCCCUUGCGAAACUAUUGGAGUCUGAAGGCCUUGAUGCACAACUGAGCUAUGAUGGGCUUCGUAUACCAAUCAGACUCUAGUUUGUAUACAGUCUCAUUCAUAAGACAACAAUUUUUUUUUCUCAAAGAGAAAUUAUUAAAUAAACAUUCGAAUGAUUUUACAAGUUCAUACAUUCUGCAGGUUCCUGCAAGUAUUCUACCUUCUUCCUAUCAUCAUUGAUCAUUCUUUCUUUUCUCCUUGCCUCUGUUAGAGACAAGAAACACCUACGAUGAUACUAUUACCAUAAACGUAACAAAGGAGGAUUUUUUUCCCC